AGGUCGAAAGAUAAUGAUUGUAUUUUGGUAUUAAUUUCCCACAAAGCAAUCAAAUUGAAUCUGCAAAAUUCUGUUUAACAAUCGGUUUUAAAUAUAGCUCUUUAUUUUAGAACGUCAACUCAAUGCUUCAAAGCAAACAUUUCUGAAAGUAUCAACUGUCAGUGAAAUGUAAACUAACCAAAAAAAAGUAUUGUUUUGAACAUUAAAGUUGAAAGAAAAUAAAUUCUAAACCUCGCGGGGUAAAGUUCUUCUUCGUUUGUCGUGUGAAAUCACAGAUAAUCUUGGAAACUUCUUAUUUCGUCCGUCUUAUCUAAUGACAUUUGAAAAGAGAAUCUAUUUGCAAUUUGCAAUACACCAAUUGUUUUCUACAGUUUAUCUUACGAAAUUAAUUAUUUCUAAUGGUUAUUAAGUGUAGAAAUAAGUGAAUAAAUAUAAAAAUGGAUGAGAAAUGUGGUUCUAGUUUUAAUAAUAUUAGUAAAAAACAGAAAUCGGACUUUUCGAAACACUGUUGUUUUGGUUGUUUAUGUGAUAACAAAGAGGAAAAUGUGCAAAAAUAUUCAUUUCAAAGCGGUCCGCUAAGGGAAAUAUUUCAGAUGGACUGCAUUCUUCUAUGUCACUUAUGCAAGAAGAUGGCGCAGCGCACAGAAAUGUUCAUACAAAAUGUACAAAGUAAUCAUAUCUUACUGGAAAACUUUGAAAGUGUUUUAGAUGAAACACUAAGCACAGUACGUUCACAAACGCAGCCACUAGUCAAUCUGUCCCAAAUCACGUACUCCAUAGAGAUAUCUGAGAAUAGCCCAAGUUCUGAUGAGGGGUUCUCAGUGGUGUACUCCUCGAAUAUACGGAAGCAGUUCCAGGUUAAAGUGGAGAUGAAGGAAGAGGAAUUGUUUGAUGAUCUAGAGGGAGAGUUUGUUGGGAAUGAUGAAUUUUCAGAAUCAUGUGUUAAAGAAGAAGACGAAUUUCCUUUAAAAGCUCUACUCAAAGAGGAACUGGAAUUAGGUGAUAUUGACAGUUUGGACCUCAUGACUCUUAGUGCUACACUCAAGAAAAAUAAACUUAAGAAGAAACAUAAAAUCAAAGAUGAAGAUGCCGUUGCAAAUGGUGCACCAAAAGUAAAAAUAGUAUAUUUAACAAAACAACAAUGUCUGGACGAGCGGGCGCGAUUAGCACAGGACCCUAAGUACUUAGGCUGUGCGUUUAGGUGUGAGAAUUGUAUCAAAGGGUUUAGUUUUAAAGGAAUCUACGAUAAGCAUAUGGAGAGGCAUAGUGAGUUCAUGGGUGACCACGAAUGUGAUGUAUGCAAGCAGAGAAUGGAUUCCGAAGAAAAACUUAUGGGUCAUAUGAGAUAUCAUUUAGUUCGCUACAAGUGUCCAGAGUGUGGUCUGGUCCGCAGUUGCCGCGGCACUAUCCUAGACCACUACAUGGUGCAUCACUGUCAGGGGCUCAACCACAAAUGUCCGCACUGUACUAAGACUUUCCCGCGGCGCGGCUCGCUCCGGCGCCACGUGUCGGCGGCGCACGGGGCGGGCGGGGCGGGGGAGGCGGGCGGGGCGCGCGCGCGCGUGCUGUGCGCGCACUGCCACAAGCGCUACGCCAGCAGCGACGUGCUGCGACAACACAUGCUGCU